AUGGCUCGAAGUAGGAAGGGAUUAAGCGAUUUACCAGAUACCUUACUGUGCCUCAUACUUAAUAAAGUUCCUUUGGAUCAGGCGAUUCGUUGUUCCGUGCUUUCUAAGAGAUGGAAAUUGCUUCGGAGGUUCUUACCCAAGCUAUGUUUUUCAGAUGAUAUGUUUAAUUCAUCAACCCGCCUUCUUAAAAUCCAUAACAUAAUUGAUGGUAUUCUUAAGUUGCAUUCUGCACCCCUUGAGGCUUUCCACUUUUACGGAGGAAUCAGCACCGUUGUUUCAAAUGCAAAAAUUGAUGAGUGGAUUCACUAUGCUGCCCUAAAAGAUGUGAGAGAUAUUUUUAUUCAAUUUCUUGUAGACGUUGACGUUCCGACUUAUGUUUUUUCUUGCCGGAACCUCAGGGAUUUGUUUCUUAUAAAUUUUGAUUCCGAAAAUAUGCCUGGUUCCUUUGCUGGUUUCGCCUGCCUCACAGCACUCAAUUUUCACAACGUUAAGCUGAAUGACAAAACUUUCGAGCUCAUGUUGCAAUUAUUUCCAGUUCUGGAAAUUUUAGUCGUUCGAAAUUGCCAUGGACUUGAGAGAGUUAAAAUAUGCUCCUCCAGUCUUUGUAAUCUCGAACUUGAUUUUCCAUCGUCAUCUCAUGAAAUCAAGGCGAUAACAGCAAGAUGUCCAGGAUUGGAGAUUCUUAAGUUAAGAAUCAUGUAUCAUGUGGAAAAGAUGGAAUUUGAAUUACCAGACUGUUCAGAUUUGUCGACAACAGUUUCACGACUCGAGCCGUUUACAACCCUGAAAUCACUGAUGAAAAUGGCUUUUUUAUGUGGAAUUUUCGAGAGCAAUGUGAGCUUACUACACAAUUUUCCAGAUUUAGAGCAGCUUUGGAUCGACAACGCUAGGUCACUUACAUGGGGUGUAGUGCAGGACAUUUCAGGGCCUGCUCCAUUGCUGGAAAAUUUAGAGCGAGUUCAUCUUAAUGUCACCUCACUUGAUGACUCUAUGCCUCCGCUUAAAGGAUUCGAUGGUGCUCUGGAAUUUGUUAACACGCUGUUUAAUCUUCCGAGAGCAUCUGAGGAAGCCAAAAUUCUCUUAUCACUGAAUAAUUUUAAAGGGAGCGAGAGAUCGCAACUGUGA